GGGAGGUGGCAAGCGUGUGCAGGGCGGCCCGGACUGGGGACUCUGUGCGUGCGCGGGUGUGUGCGUGUGUUUGCGCGUGUUGUCCCUUCUUUCCCGGAGGAUGUGAAUGGCUCCGCUGCUGCCUGUUCCCGUAGGAUGUUCGAUUUGGUGGAGCUCUAGGCUGAGAGCACGACCCUUACGGAGAGAAAAGCUCAACUGGACGGGGGUGGGGCAGACCCACAAAACCUUUCUGGAAACACAAACACACACUCAGAGGACAGGAAGAAUGAAAGAUCUGGGACGAUAUUCGUAAAAUUCCCUAUGACCUUUCCGUUUUCCUGAAAGAUUCUGGAUCUUAUCUAUCGUUUUUAGUUCUCUUGGCAUCUGUAUUUUGGAAGCCACUCUCCAACUAGCUGCGCGUGUGUGUGUCUGCGCGAGAGUGUGUGUGUGUGUGUGUGUGUGUGUAUGUGCGCGCGCGCGAUUGUCUGAUGCAUUUGGCUGUCUUUUAUCCAACUGCCCAGAAGCAAAUGUGUAAACUCGGCGGUGCCCCUGGAUGCUUGGGUUCUUACAGAGCGCGGAGGACGCCCAGACCCAUUUUUCCAGCUGGAUUCGGAGCGUCUGUCUGACUGGAUCCAUGUGUGUGGAUCACUUUACUCACAGGUUUGGAAAGCGCCAGUGUUAACCUGCUUCCAGGUACAUCACAAGGUCACCAGAGGGUCUUGCAAGCUGUCCUGUUUCCGUGCAUCUAUACCUUCCUAUCUUGGCGAAAGGAUAUUAUCAUUUCUGCCCACAUCAUUUGAAGCUAAAAGUUCAGCCCUUCGAGCUGGUUUGCUAUGCAAACAAGGUAACCAAGGAUUGCUUUUCAGACUGCUUCACAAAAUCCCCGAGUCUUCCUCAGCCCUUUCCCGUUUCUUGCCCCUCCAAAAUGUCACCAGCUCCUGAAAUACGUGGAUUUGGAUUGGGGUUGGAGGAGAACUUGAAGGAAACGUGAUCUAGCGGCUAUGCCAAACCGCUCUCUUGGCUGCCUGUGGUCCGGUGGGCAUCGAAGCCGAUCGUGAGAAGUCCCCUCCUUCGCUGCUCCCUCCCUGUGCUGUGCUAGGUGUGCGUGUGCAAGUGUGAAUGUGAGCGCGCGCGCGCCUGGGUGCUAGUGUGAGUGUGUUUGAGUGUGUGUCUGUGUGUGCGUGCGCGGCCGCCCUGCCUCUGCCCGCUCCCCGGGCUUAGAAACGCGGGUUUCAUGGGGCGAUCGCCGCGGAUCCCCCACCCAGUGCGACCUGCGGGCAGCGGCAGCAGUGGCAGAAGCCGCCUUUCGGACUCCCUAGGAUGCGGGUGUUGAGCUAUGGCAAAGGGCAGCGAAGUGACAAGCAAGACCCGCAUACGACUGUGAAAGCCACCUGGAGCCACCUUGCCGGGAUUGUACCUGCGGGCAGAAAGUCCUCCUACGACCGUCUUUUCCUCUAGAGGCACCAGGUGCUCCUUCUUUAUCUCAGUGAUCUGUUAAUACAUAUUAAUUGAUAACAGUAUACAUGUACCAGAAUUAGUGAUAGAAGACUAGAGUGAGGGAAGAUUUUGGAAAGGAAAUGACCUAGAGACAAAGAAGAUGCUCACUGUUUGGAUUGAUGUUCUCUGGUCUCAGUGCUUCCUGGAAUUGGUGAAUUUUAGUCCCUGUAGCCAUUCAGCCAGGUGUUGAGAAGAAAUGUAGUAGCUGAGCAUCCUUACUUCUGACACCAUCCUAAUAAUCAGCUUUGGAGAUGCUUUCACCCUGUCCGACUUCUGUAGCAGCCAGGCAGAGUGCUGACUCCUUCACAGCAGUGAGGAACUCUUCAGGCUCCAGAAGGUCUUACAUCUGAUCUACAAUGGAAAAAUUUCUUUUUUAUCUGUUUUUCAUUGGCAUAGCUGUGAGAGCUCAGAUCUGUCCAAAACGCUGUGUCUGUCAGAUUUUGUCUCCGAAUCUUGCAACCUUAUGUGCCAAGAAAGGGCUUUUAUUUGUUCCACCAAACAUUGACAGAAGAACUGUAGAACUGCGGUUGGCAGACAAUUUUGUUACAAACAUUAAAAGGAAAGAUUUUGCCAAUAUGACUAGCUUGGUGGAUCUGACUCUGUCUCGGAAUACAAUAAGUUUCAUUACACCUCAUGCAUUCGCUGACUUGCGGAAUUUGAGGGCACUCCACUUGAAUAGCAACAGAUUGACUAAAAUCACAAAUGACAUGUUCAGUGGGCUUUCCAAUCUCCAUCAUUUGAUAUUGAACAACAAUCAGCUGACUUUGAUUUCUUCAACUGCAUUUGAUGAUGUAUUUGCCCUUGAAGAGCUGGAUUUGUCCUAUAACAAUUUAGAAACAAUUCCUUGGGAUGCUGUUGAAAAAAUGGUUAGCUUGCACACCCUCAGUUUGGAUCACAACAUGAUUGAUAACAUUCCUAAAGGAACCUUCUCCCACUUGCACAAGAUGACUCGACUAGAUGUAACAUCAAAUAAAUUGCAGAAGCUACCACCUGACCCUCUCUUUCAGAGAGCUCAGGUACUAGCAACCUCAGGAAUAAUAAGCCCAUCGACAUUUGCAUUAAGUUUUGGUGGAAACCCUUUGCAUUGCAAUUGUGAGUUGUUGUGGCUGAGGCGUCUGUCCAGAGAAGACGACUUAGAGACGUGUGCUUCGCCAGCACUUUUAACCGGACGCUAUUUUUGGUCAAUUCCUGAGGAAGAGUUUUUGUGUGAGCCUCCUCUCAUUACUCGCCACACACAUGAGAUGAGAGUCCUGGAAGGUCAGAGGGCAACACUGAGGUGCAAAGCCAGAGGAGAUCCUGAACCUGCAAUUCAUUGGAUUUCUCCUGAAGGAAAGCUUAUUUCAAAUGCAACAAGAUCUCUGGUGUAUGACAAUGGAACACUGGACAUUAUGAUAACAACUGUAAAAGAUACAGGUGCUUUUACCUGCAUUGCUUCCAAUCCUGCUGGAGAAGCCACUCAAACAGUGGAUCUUCAUAUAAUUAAACUCCCCCAUAUACUAAAUAGUACAAACCAUAUCCAUGAGCCUGACCCUGGUUCUUCAGAUAUUUCGACUUCUACUAAGUCAGGUUCAAAUGCAAGCAGUAGCAAUGGUGACACUAAAAUGAGUCAAGAUAAGAUUGUGGUGGCAGAAGCAACAUCAUCUACGGCACUACUUAAAUUUAACUUUCAAAGAAAUAUCCCUGGAAUACGUAUGUUUCAGAUCCAGUACAAUGGUACUUAUGAUGACACCCUUGUUUACAGAAUGAUACCUCCUACGAGCAAAACUUUUCUUGUCAAUAACCUGGCUGCUGGAACUAUGUAUGACUUGUGUGUCUUGGCAAUAUAUGAUGAUGGCAUCACUUCCCUCACUGCCACAAGAGUUGUGGGUUGCAUCCAGUUUACUACGGAACAGGAUUACGUGCGAUGCCAUUUCAUGCAGUCCCAGUUUUUGGGAGGAACCAUGAUUAUUAUUAUUGGUGGAAUAAUUGUAGCAUCCGUGCUGGUUUUCAUCAUUAUUCUAAUGAUCCGGUAUAAGGUUUGUAAUAACAAUGGGCAGCACAAAGUCACCAAGGUCAGCAACGUCUACUCACAAACUAACGGGGCACAGAUCCAAGGCUGCAGUGUGACGCUGCCCCAGUCGGUGUCCAAGCAAGCGGUGGGACAUGAAGAGACUGCCCAGUGUUGUAAAGUUGCCAAUGACAAUGUGAUACAAUCUUCAGAAACUUGUUCAAGUCAGGACUCCUCUACCACUACCUCUGCUUUGCCUCCUACCUGGACUUCAAGCACUUCUGUGUCCCAAAAGCAGAAAAGAAAGACUGGCGGAAAGCCAAGUACCGAACCACAGAAUGAAGCUGUCACAAGUGUUGAGUCCCAAAACACUAACAGGAACAAUUCAACUGCAUUGCAGUUAGCUAGUCGACCUCCUGAAUCUGUUACAGAGGGGCCCACAUCUAAAAGAGCACAUUCAAAGCCAAAUGCUUUGCUGACUAAUGUUGACCCGAUUGUCCAGGAAACACAGAGGCUGGAAUUAAUAUGAAGAGCACUACUUCUUUCUCCUGAAAAAAAAAAUGUUGCCACUGAUAUUUUUACCGGAUAAAAUUUAAAAAUGUUUUAAUUCACAAGGAUAAUUGUUGAAGUGGUGUCCUGGAAGAAACUAUCGCUGGAGCUGAAGCAGUUGUUACUGAUGAUGGCGGAAAUGGCUCCAUCAGAUCAUGGUUCAUACCCUUUUAAAACCAUUUUUUUUUCUUCUGGCCUACUAGUGUUUGUUAUUUUUUUUUUAAAGAAGGAAAGAAAAAAGCCUACAUUGGUAUCGAGUUCUGUAUCAAUCCAUGUUACAUUGCCAUCCAUGAUUUAAGACUGUAGAAUCUUGAAUAAUCUAUAUCACUUUAAGAAAUAAAUGUUUUAUUAUGACAGAA